AUGAAUUGCGCUUACCCAUCAAGAUGGGGCCAGAUUGCAGCAGUAGAGGCCGUUGCCCAAACGCUCGGGCGCUCAGGCUCAGAUGCCCUUCUAGCUUCAUCCCCCUCGUCUUGUCCAUCAACAAUGGGGCCACCCCCCUCUCCCAACUCUCUCCCCUCUUCCACAUGCCCCACACCGUCCAUCGGGGCAAACUCCUCCACGACAGUCUCACGUCUCACGGGUGGCAAAUCCAUCACCGCACCUCCCUUCCCCCUCUCACAGCACCUCCUUUCCCCAUCCCACAGCACCUCUCUUCUCCCUCUCGUAGCACCUCCCUUCCCACUCCCGUGUCGCACCUCCCUUCCCCCUUUCACUGCACCUCCCUUCCCCCUCUCACAGCACCUCCCUUCCCCUUCUCACAGCACCUCCCUUUCCCCCUUCACAGCUACUCCCUUCCCCCUCUCACAGCACCUCCCUUCCCCCUUUGCCAAAGCACUAUAG